AUGCCACCCGAACGAACCGUUGCGCUUUCCCUCAUAUCUGUUGCAUGUCUCGCAACUUUCCUUUACUAUACCAUGUUACCCCUGGGCCCACAGUUACUUUGGAAACCAGAGACUACAAUGGAUUUCAGAACAGUAAACAAGAUGACAGUCGCAGAGAAGUUCACCCCAGAUAUAAUGCUCUCAGCGCCCAGACGAAGCUCAGCAUCUCCGAACAGCGCUGGCACUCUAGCCGUCUAUACUGUCUCCACUUACUCGUUCGAGUCACACAGGAAAACCUCGGAGAUCAAGGUGCUUGACAUCAGCAGUGGAAGCCAAUCACUCAUUACUAAUGCCGAGGGGACGAGUGAGCCAGCUUGGUUGGGAGGCGGGAAUGAGCUAUUGUGGCUGAAAUCAGGGGAAAAAGGGCAUACUCAAUUGGUAGUAGGGAGUGCCGACGAGGUUGGAAAGAGCUAUGUCGCUGGUCUUGUGCCGGCACCAAUAUCUGAUGUUAAGCUCAAGAUAUUGGACGCGGAGCGGGUUGCCAUUGUGGUCUCAGCCAAAGCGAAGCUAGAUGGCUCCUUGUACCAAAAGGAAGACGAGCCGAAGAAGUAUUCGACUGGGAUGUUAUACGAGUCUUUAAUGGUACGUCAUUGGGACCACUAUGUGAAACCGCAACGAAAUGCUUUAUGGCAUGGGAUUCUUCACAGACAGAAACCGCACAUCACAGAGAAACUGGGCAGAUAUAGUUUGGGGAAGCUCACGAAUAUCCUAAGAGGGUCAGGCCUAGAGAGCCCAAUACCGCCUUUUGGGGGCAAAGAUCAUUUCGAUAUUAGUAUCAAUGGCAUCGGCUUUGUGGCAAAGGAUCCUGAAUUGAAUCCAGCGACGAAUACGAAAUGCAACUUCUAUUAUGUCUCCAUUGAUACCUCCGUGGAAGGUCCAACAUAUUCGGAACCGAAGAAGUAUGGAAAGCCAGGCAUUGAAGGUGCCAGCUCUUCACCCGUGCUGUCACCGGACGGCAAUAGCGCUGCAUUUCUGCAAAUGAAGGAGAAUGGAUAUGAAUCCGACAAGAAUAGAAUUCUCUUGUCUGAUCUCACCACACCAUCUACGACUGUUGAGCUCUUCGAAUCAAAUGAUGGGAAGGGACUGUGGGAUAAAAGCCCUGGCUCCGUCGGAUGGAGCACCGACGGCAAGGCCUUGCUCUUGGUCGCAGAGGACACAGGAACAUCUCGAUUGUUCAAGCUUGAUGUCCCAGCCGAUGAGCAGGGCACCCUCGAACUGCCAAUUCCAUUGACGCCUAAGACCGGACACGUUGAUGAUGUUCAAUCUCUUGGAGCAGACUCAUCCCACCUUUUCCUUUCGGGCUCGAACCUGGUAGACAACAGCGUUUACUCGAUUCUGGACCCUGCAGGCUCGGCAGAAGCAAAGGUCAUCUCCUCAAACUCUCGAAAUGGCUCUUUCUUCGGCCUUUCGCAGGACCAAGUUUCGGAGAUUUGGUUCCAAGGCUCUAGUGAAAAAGUCCAUGCUUGGGUAAUGAAGCCUUCAAGCUUCAGCUCGGACCAGCAUUAUCCCCUAGCCUACCUCAUACAUGGUGGUCCUCAAGGUGCUUGGAAUGAUCAAUGGAGCACACGUUGGAACCCAGCUGUAUUCGCAGAACAGGGCUAUGUUGUGGUAGCCCCAAAUCCCACAGGCAGUACAGGUUAUGGCCAGUCUUUCACUGAUGCGAUCAAAGAGUCUUGGGGUGGCCUGCCAUAUCAAGAUCUAGUCAGUGGAUUUGCGUAUAUCAAAGAAAGUAUGGACUAUGUAGACACGGACCGUGCUGUUGCACUCGGAGCAAGCUAUGGUGGCUACAUGAUGAAUUGGAUGCAAGGCCAUCCUUUGGGGAAAGAAUUCAGAGCGCUCGUAUGCCACGACGGUGUCUUCAGCAUGACAAAUCAAUUAGCCUCGGACGAGCAAUAUUUCCCCAAUCACGAUCUUGGUGGGCCGUACUUCACUAAACAUCAAGACUCGUGGGAGAAAUGGAACCCUGCACACUUCACCGCGAAUUGGUCCACGCCGAUGCUAGUCAUUCACAACGAGCUAGAUUAUCGACUUCCAAUAAGUGAAGGCCUAGCAAUGUUCAAUGUGUUACAGGAAAAGGGCAUCAAGAGCAAAUUUCUAACGUUUCCUGACGAAAACCACUGGGUCCUCAAAGAGGAAAACAGCCUACAGUGGCAUCUCGAGGUCAUCAACUGGAUAAAUUCAUUCGUAGAGCUACCUCCAUACGAAGCCGAAAGCGCAAAGAGACUUGAGGCUCAGAACUAA